AUGUCGGUUGCAGAGGACCAUUGCUUGCUGGUUUGCAAGCCAUUAUUCGAAGAUCCGAUCGAAGCCAAAGUGGCUUUCAGCGAUCUCAAGACUUGGAAGGUGCAGAAGGGACCGGUCGCCACUCUUUGUGGAGAUGACAUGAAGAGCAAGACCAUGCUAAUCGCCGUGCACCCCUUGCUUGAGGAGGAAACGGCGAAGCAUUCGCAGCCCAUGCAGUGCCAGCCAACGAGCUACUCGUCUAGCCCGGAGUUGGCUGAGCUCUUGACGAAGAGAAACGAUGUUGGGCAAAAGUUGCAGACAGGCGAGGCUGAGAAAACAGAAGGGCAGGAAAAGCAGGACCUUUUUGGCGGCGAGCCUUCGUCACCUGCCCGGAAGAAGCCUAAGAAGCAAAUCUACAAGAGCCACGAGAUGCAGCUUAUCAAGAUGGAUGUGAAUGGAAAAGAAGUUCAUGCUCUUUGGGGUGGGCAAAGGCCGACCAAAAUGGAUUUGCACUUUCUGCUCGAGGCAGACAUGCUCACGGCGGUUUUCGAGGAGCUGGAGCAGGAUGCGGAGUUCUGUAUGGAAGCUACCAAGCGAACCUAUAUCAAGAAGAAGAGCACCAAGACUUUUGGAGUUCCUCCUGAUGGCGAGGCGGAAGCUUCCAACUCCGAGCAAAGUGACUAG